GAGUAGAAAGGGAAAACCAAACCCAUUUAUAUAUUACAUUAAAUAUGUUUCUCUACUUUGCUUAUAAUAAAUUAGUCAAUUAGUGCAAAACAGUGAAAUUACUGUUCAAUCAAAUACUAGUACUGUUCCACUGCCACACCACACACCCUCUUCUUUUAAAUGAGGCCAACCCAUCCCCCUUUCACUCUUUCAUUGGUAACUGUAAUACUGCUCUGGUCUCUCAAUUUGCCAGGCGCCGUUUCUCUUUUCUUGAACUUCUCUCUCUCUUUCUCUCUUUCUUUGAUAAUGGCUACUCCACCAAUAUCUUCUUGAAACGAAGCACCGUCUAAAAAAGCCACUCUCUCUCUCUCUCUCUUUUAAAUUGAAACCAAUACAACUAGAAGAAAAACAUGUUUGUUGCUUCAAAUAUUUUACCACGGUGGCUUGAGGUGCUCCUCACUGAGAAGUUCUACAACGCUUGCAUAAUUCAUGAAGAGGCUAAGAAGAAUGAAAAGAACGUUUAUUGCUUGGACUGUUGCAUCAGUCUUUGCCCUCAUUGCUUGUCCCCUCACCACUCUCAUCGACUCUUGCAGAUAAGAAGGUAUGUGUAUCACGAUGUUAUAAGGUUGGAUGAUGCUGCUAAGUUGAUAGACUGUGCCUUUGUUCAGUCAUACACAACAAACAGUGCAAAAGUGGUGUUUUUGCACCACAGGCCACAGACUAGGAACUUCAGGGGCUCCGGCAAUUUUUGCAGCACCUGUGACAGAAGCCUACAAGAUCCAUACCUCUUCUGCUCUCUAUCCUGCAAGAUUGAUUAUCUCAUUAGGACGACAGGUGGGGUUUCAAAGUACUUGUUAGACUGCAAAUUCAUGUCCUUGCCUGAACCGGGUUCAGACGACGGUUUAAUGACCCCCGACUCCAUUCUUGAACCGGCCGGUUCUAGCCGGACCUCUUCUGGUUCAGGUGGCUAUGGUGGUGGAACUAUGGACUGUAGGACCCUUGCUUGCACUGCUACAACCGAGAUUGUGAGGAAGAAAAGGAGUAGCUUAUCGGCGUGUCGGCCGGUUUGUUCACCCGUGUCCGAAAUUUCGUCUAUGAACCGGCGAAAAGGAACACCACAAAGAGCUCCACUUUAUUGAAAUGAAUUAAACUUACUGUACGGAUUGGCAAUGAGGAUUGGACUAAUGAGAAAAAGAGAGAAAAGGGGGGCUUGGGAUAUUUUAGGUUUUUUAUUUUUUAUUUUUUUACCUUUUUUACUUUUGAGGUUAAUUUGGGGUUGAGGGUAAAAAAUCUCUCAAUUUUGUUGAUGACUUUCUCUUUAUUGGUUGGGUCUCAUUGUCUCAAAAUUGUUUUUUUUUUUACCUCCCUUUCCUUUUACAAGGUCAUAGAGUAGUGAAAAUUACUGACAAAAGUUUCUUGUUUUAUAUUUUGCUAUUCCCCUAGAUC